AUGGAGAAUCGGAAAGCUGUCGGACCGGACGAGGUGCCAAUUCAAGCGUGGAAAGCGCUGGGGGCUCGUGGUGUGUGCAUUCUUACUAACCUUUAUAAUAGAAUCCUGAGCGACCGAAUAAUGCCCGAUCAGUGGCGGCUUAGUAUAAUAACGCCGGUCCACAAGGGUAAAGGGUCCGUUCAGGAUUGCGGUAAUUACCGCGGUAUAAAGGUAAUGUCACACACCAUGAAGCUCUUCGAGCGCAUUAUUGACACCAGGAUCCGACAGGAGUGUACAGUGUCGGACUUCCAGUACGGUUUCCAACCAGGACGCGGUACCAUGGACCCUAUAUUCGCCCUAAGGAUCCUCAUGGAGAAGCACAGGGAAAAGAAUAUGCCUCUGCAUUUUUUAUUCCUAGACCUGCAGAAGGCCUUUGACUGUGUUCCUAGGGAGAUGAUCUGGUGGGCGUUGCGGUCGAAGUUGGUACCAGAGACCUACGUGGAAAUCGUACGUGACAUGUACCGCAACUCCGAUUCAAUAGUUAGGACCGCUGUUGGUGAUACCACCCCCUUCCCCAUAACCAUAGGCGUGCAUCAGGGCUCCGCCUUAAGCCCCUAUCUUUUCAGUGUGAUAUUAGACGAACUGUCAGCCAGCGUACAGAAACUGCCGCAGCCUUGGCUGCUUAUGUACGCUGAUGAUAUCGCACUGGUAGAUGGGGACAAAGGACGGCUCACCAGACGCGUGCACGCAUGGAGGGAGGCGCUUGAGAACGGCGGGCUGAAGCUAAACGUGGCGAAGACGGAGUAUAUGGCCUGCAACAGCACAGAUCUGACGUCUCUCCGUAUAGGCGACGACACCGUUGAGCGCACGGACUACUUCAGACUGAAAACAGUAAAAACUAAAAAAGCUCUUUUAGACUAA